UUUGCGAGUAGCGUUGCUCGUAAGAUAAUCGUUUCGCUUUUGACGAGGAAACGUCGCGGUGCACCGCGACCACCGCGGUGGUCCGAUUCGGUAAGGAUAAUGCGCGCAACUUCCAUCAGCACUUCCGUCGAGAUCGGCCUCAGAUUCGUUGGGAUAUGGCCCGGUUUACCGUAUGGAACCGUCAUUUGGCUCGCGUAUAUGACGUGCUUGGUGUUGGCGCUGUAUUUUGAGUACGUGUACAUUUUCGAUCAUUUCGAGAUCAACAAAAUCUCGGAUCUCAUCGAUGCGCUUAGUACCACGUUGUCGGCCAGCUUCGGCGGCCUAAAGCUGAUAUCUCUCUGGUCGAACCGCAGGAUAUUUUAUGAUAUUCUGCUGGCGAUGGAAGAACACUGGAACAACGUCGAUAUUUACGAUAAAUCGGUAUCGUAUAUCAUGUCGGGCAAUGCCGAUCUGUCGCGCCGUUGCUCGAACGUGUUGAUCAGCAUUAACGCCGCGACCGCAACUUGCUACUGCAUGAUUACUCUUGUGCGUCGUGAGACCGAAUUUAACGAGGAUCUCAACAUUAGCUUGAGAGUACUGCCUGUACAAAUGGAAUUUCCUUUCGAAGUUGACGCGUCUCCCCUCUUCGAACUUUUAGCGCUUGUUCAGAUUUUUUAUGCAGUGUCGAUAGCCUCUUUAGUCGCUAUGAUAAAUUGCUUGAUCAUCACGUUGGUGCUUCACGUGAGCGGACAGAUCGAUAUUCUUUGUCGAGAAUUACUGACAAUUUGCGGCAAUAAAACUUCACAGCGCUUUUCGAUCGUUGCAAGUGUCAGACUCCUGAUAAGUCGACACCAAGGAAUAAUAAUGCUUUCGGACAAUAUUGAAGAGCUCUAUUCCGAGAUUGCUCUGAUGCAGUUUCUGUCGAAUACCGUGGUCAUGUGUUGCAUCGGUUUCACCUUCAUAGGGUCUCUCGAUAAAGACGGAGCUAGCGUGUUAAUGUUGAAAUCCGCUAUGUAUUACGUCUCCGUAACGUUGGAAGCCUUUAUCUUUUGUUUCGCUGGAGAAUACCUCAGCGCCAAGAGCAAAUCGAUUGGGGAUGCAGUCUACGAGGCGCUUUGGUAUAACAUGCCACCUGCCAAAUGUCGGAUUCUAUUAUUUGUGAUAUUAAGAUCGCAGAAAAGAUUGACAAUCACUGCUGGAAAGAUCAUGGAUCUUUCGCUUAAAGAUUUUACAAGUGUGAUGAAAGCAUCCGCUUCGUACAUGUCGGUGCUGCACGCGAUGUAUUAGCCGAGAUCAGUUACUUGUGCCAAGCGCAUCCAUCGUGAUUACUGACUAUGUUGGACA